CUGUUCAGAAGUUUUGAAAAGAACGCACUCAAACUUUUUGGAGUGCGUUCAGUAGUAAAUUCUCCGGUGAAUUUGUAAUUUUUAUAAAAUAAUUAAUAUCUCUUAAUUCCAUUGAGUAGAAGUGCAUCCAUUAAUCUAGAUCAAAUUGUGCGUGAUACGGUCAUCCUUCUAUUAGGUGACCUCAACUUUAUUUUUAAACAAAAGGCAGGCAGGAUGAGGCAAUUUUCAUUGAUUUUUCUGCUAGUUAUCAGCGUUAUUCAUACGUUGGCUGUGGACAAAAAUAAUUUUAAGACUUGUGAUCAAGCGAGUUUUUGCAAGCGAUCCAGAAGUGUUCAACAUGAAAGAUCACCAUUCGAAGUUAAUAUUGAUACCUUAAUCGUUAAUCCUAAUUAUAUUAAUGUUGAUCUUACGAACAAACAUAAUGGACAAAUCUUUGAUCUCAAAUUGGAAGGAAUUAAGGGCAAUACAUUCCAUUUUGAAAUUGAUGAGAAGAGUCCAUUAAAGCCUAGAUAUCGAGUUGUUGAUGCAUUAAAAGGCGAACCAACUUAUGAAGCUAUUAAAGUGACUGCAACUGGAUCUGAUAUCACAGUAAAAUGUGGAGAAAAUAAAGUCAUCAUAUAUGCUACACCGUUUAAGUUAGAAUUCUACCAAAAUGAUGUUCUCACAAUUAGUGCCAAUAGUAAAGCUAAGAUGCAUUUUGAGCAUUUAAGAAGAAAACAGGAAGCUCCACCACCGCCAGAAAACGAGAACGAACAAAAUGAAAAUGAAGCACAAGACCAAAAUCAAGAUGAGCCAGGAACUUGGGAAGAGAAUUUUAAAAGCCAUCAUGAUAUUAAGCCUAAUGGACCUUCAGCUGUAGCUUUAGACUUUACAUUCCAUCAAGCUAACAUCUUGUUUGGUAUUCCUGAACAUGCUGAUUCAUUUGCAUUAAAAACAACGGUUGGAAAUGGAGAUCCUUAUCGUUUAUAUAAUCUUGAUGUCUUUGAGUACGAAUUAAAUAGCAGAAUGGCACUUUAUGGCUCAAUUCCUGUUGUUUAUGGACAUGGACAUAAAUCAACAAGUGGAAUAUAUUGGCAAAAUGCUGCAGAAACAUGGGUUGACAUUGCAGGAACAGCAAGUGAACAAAAUGUCAUGGAAUCGAUUGUAAGUUUCGUAGCUGGAUCUCGUCAACAAGAUGCACCGUCUGCACAUUUCAUUUCCGAGUCUGGAAUUAUUGAUGUUUUUGUAGUUCUUGGCCCAUCACCAAAUGAUGCAUUUAAACAAUAUACAGCAUUAACAGGAAGUGGAAAUUUACCACAAAUGUUUGCUAUUGGAUAUCAUCAAUGCCGUUGGAAUUAUAAUGAUCAACAAGAUGUAAUGCAAGUAGCAACUAAAUUCGAUGAACAUGAUAUUCCAAUGGAUACAAUGUGGCUGGAUAUUGAGUACACAGAUAGUAAGAAGUAUUUCACAUGGGAUCAUCAAAAGUUCCCAAAUGCAGUUGAAAUGAUGAAGAAUCUUACAAAUAUGGGACGUCACUUGACAUUCAUUAUUGAUCCACAUAUUAAGCGCGAUUCUGGAUACUUUUUCCAUAAUGAUUGCACUGAUCGUGGCUAUUAUAUUAAGAACAAAGAUGGUAAGGAUUAUGAGGGAUGGUGUUGGCCUGGAAGUGCUAGUUAUCCAGACUUUUUUGAUCCAGAAAUCAGAAAGUAUUAUGCUGAUCAAUAUUUAUUGGAGAAUUUCAAGGAAAAUUCACGUGAUACUGGAAUUUGGAAUGACAUGAAUGAACCAUCUGUAUUUAAUGGACCAGAAAUUACAAUGCCCAAAGAUAAUCUUCAUUAUGGAGGCUGGGAGCAUCGUGAUGUACACAAUCUUUAUGGUCAAAUGCAACUUGUUGGAACUUUUGAUGGAUUAUUAAGACGUGCUGAGAAUGAAUUACGUCCAUUUAUUCUUACUCGUGCUCACUUUUCUGGAACUCAACGAUAUGCUGCUGUUUGGACUGGAGAUAAUGCUGCAGAAUGGGGACAUUUAGAGGCAUCAAUUCCUAUGUGCUUAUCACUUUCGGUUGCUGGAAUUUCAUUUUGUGGAGCUGACAUUGGUGGAUUCUUUGGAAAUCCAGAGACUGAAUUGCUUUAUAGAUGGUACCAAACUGGAGCUUUUAUUCCAUUUUUCCGUGCUCAUGCUCAUAUUGAUACAAAGAGACGUGAACCAUGGUUAUACCCAGAUGAUGUUAAAUUAAUUAUUAGAGAUGCAAUUAGAAAACGAUACUCGUUCCUGCCACUUUGGUAUACAAUGUUUUAUGAACAUGAACGUAGUGGAUUGCCUAUUAUGAGACCACUUUUAUCUCAAUAUCCACUUGAUAAGAAUGCUUAUAAUAUUGAUAAUCAAUUCAUGUUAAGUGAUAAGUUGUUGAUUCGUCCUGUUAUGCAAAAAGGAGCUUCAAAAGUUGAUGUUUAUUUCCCAUCACGCAAUGGUGACAAACAAGCUGAUAUUUGGUAUGAUAUUGAUGACUACCGUAAAAUUGAACGCGUUGGUGUUGAGUCAGUUACAGUUAAUACUUAUAAGGUUCCUGUCUAUCAACGUGGAGGCACAAUUAUUCCGAGAAAAAUGAGAAUUCGUCGUUCUGCUAUUUUGAUGGAAAAUGAUCCAAUUACUUUGAUUGUUGCUGUUGAUUCCGAUAAACGUGCUAAGGGAACAUUGUACAUUGAUGAUGAAAAGAGCUUUGCUUAUCGUCAAGGCAAAUAUCUGUACAUAGAGUUCGAAUUCAUAGAUGGUGUUUUAUCAAGCCAAUUGAUUGACGAAACAGCAUCUUACACAACCAAAGUAUGGCUUGAACGUGUGAUUAUCGUAGGACUUGACAAAGUUCCAUCAAGUGCCACACUUAGAGCAUCUAAUAAUCAAGCUACACAAGUCGAUAUUAUCGACGCUUCAAAGACUGCAUUCACAAUUCGUAAACCAGGCGUUAGUUUGAUGGAACCAACAUGGUCGAUAACGCUUAACUAUUAAUUAAAGACACGUAAAAAUAUAGAUUCUGUAUUCAAAUUUAACUAUUUAGCUCAAGAUUCAUGAGGAAACUUAGAACAGCUCUUAGAUAAACAAAACUUUUAUAAAAUGAGAAAUUAAGCAUAAUUGAAUUAAGGAUAGACAAAAAAUUUAAAGCUUCAUCCAUCAAAAACAAAUUUUAAUUUUAAAUCUGCAUAACAAAGUAAAUUGUGAAUUGUAAUGUUAAAUGUGAAUCUGUGGUUUAAAGCUAUAAAAAAUGCAGCAAAGUUUAAAAAGUUUCUGUCAAAAAAUGUUCACAGUUUGAUUUAAUUUGAGGUAAAAUACAAUUGUAUUUUGUUCAUAGGCAUUAAAAUAAAUAAAUAAAAAUUACUGAU